GCGGCGUUCCCGGGCCGGGCUGUGUGGAGGACGCUGGUCGCAAUGGCUCUGCCGGGUGCAAAUAAGGAUAACAUCAGAGCAGGAUGCAAGAAAUGUGGCUACCCUGGUCAUCUGACAUUUGAAUGCCGAAACUUUCUCCGAGUGGAUCCUCAAAGAGAUAUUGUUUUAGAUGUUAGCAGCACAAGCAGCGAAGAUAGUGAGGAAGAAGAGUUACAGAGACUGCAAGCCAUGCGUGAAAAGAAAAAUUUAAAUGAGGAGGAAGAAAAAAAGAAGCAAAAAAGAAAAAGUAAAGAAAAAACAAAGCUGAAGAGACCAAGGAAAAGAUCUUCCUCGUCAAGUGCUGCUGAAGAGGCUGGACCAAAGUCGAAAAAACAAAAAUCACAAAAAAAGGAAAGGAAAAAGGAAAAGAAGAAUAAAUCUAAGAAAGGCAAACACCAUAAAAAGGAAAAGAAGAAGAGACGAAAGGAAAAGAGUUCAUCUUCAGACAGUUCAGACAGUUCUAGUAGUGACUAAGGUGCUGGCCUAUUUUGGCUGUCAUUUCUGCAGAGAAUAGGAUGAUUUUCCUUUCAGAUCUUGCCUAUUUGUGCUUUGAAUUAUGUUUAUAUUGAUAUAUAUUUUUUGAGGAAAUCUAUUUGCAAAUAUCAGUGCUUCAAAUUAUUUAAUGGACCAUUUGGAAACUUCAGUGGAAGGCCUCUGUAUCAAAAUAUUUGGACUUAAUAUGCUUAAUGUUGGAAUGGUUAAAUCAAAUUUGGAAAUUUAAA